AUGUCACCGACAGCCCCUUCGCAGAUCGCCGGCAAGGCUAUUGGGCCAGUCGGGUACGGCCUCAUGGGCUUCACGACAUGGCAUGGAACACCAUUUGAAGAGGCCAUCGAGGUCAUGAAGGCUGCUCUGGAGAGCGGUAGCAACUUUUGGAAUGCGGGCACUUUCUACGGACCGCCCGACCGAAACUCCCUCCACCUCCUUCGAGCAUACUUCGAAAAGUACCCUCAAGAUGCCGACAGAAUAGUCCUCAGCCUCAAAGGCGCCUACGACGGCAGCACACACACCCCCAACUGCAGCCCCGAAGGCAUCCGCGCCUCCGUCGAAGAAUCCCUGCACAUCCUUAACAACCUCAAAACAAUCGACCUCUUCGAGUGCGCCCGCGUAGACCCCAAAACCCCCCUCGAAACCUCCAUCCAAACCCUCGCCUCCCUGAUUCAAGAAGGCAAAAUCGGCGCCUACGGCCUCAGCGAAGUCUCCGCCCGCACCAUCCGCAAAGCCCACGCCGUCCACCCCGUCUCCGCCGUCGAGAUCGAACUGAGCCUCUUCUCCCGGCACGCGCUCGAAAACGGCACGAUCCAAACGUGCCACGAGCUGAACAUCCCCGUCGUGGGCUACAGCCCCCUCGACCGCGGCUGGCUGACGGGCCAACUCAAGAAACCCUCCGACCUCCCGAAAGACGACUACCGCCACCACAUGCCGCGUUUCCAGCCAGGGGCUUUCGAGAAGAAUGUGCAGCUCGCGGAGAAGUUGGAGGGGAUUGCGGGGAGGAAGGGCGUGACGGCGACGCAGGUGGCUAUCGGGUGGGUUGUCAGGCAGGGCGUUGUGCCGAUUCCCGGGUCGACGACUGUGGCGAGGGUGAGGGAGAAUGCGAGGCCGGCUGAGUUGAGCGCGGAGGAGUUGGAGGAGAUUUGGGGGUUGCUGGAGGGGUUUGAGGUGCAGGGGGAGAGGUAUCCGGAGGGGUUGCGGGGGCAUUUGAAUGGGUAG